AUGAAUUCGAUAGUUUAUGGAGACAUAAAAGAUGAGACCGUCCAUCUAAAUAAGUCCCUGGAUACUAUAUUACCACUUUUCCCAGAACAAGAAUCCGAUAUAGACGGCAGUUUCACUUGGCAUAUUGAUAACUGGUAUAAUUUGAGUGAAUCAAAAUACGUUUCACCAAGAUUUAGGAUAGGAGAUUUCGAAUGGGACGUUCUCUUAUUUCCUAAUGGGAAUCGUAAUAAAGGUCUGGCCAUAUAUUUGGAACCUCAUCCAGUUGGUGUCCCUAACGAAGAUGAAGAUUGGUACUGUUGUGCGCAAUUUGCUAUUGUGUUGUCUAGACCGGGACAUGAUGGCGAGAUUCAUAUGAUCAAUAAAUCUCAUCACAGAUUUAAUGCCAAUGAUACAGAUUGGGGGUUUGCAAAUUUCAUUGAUUUAGAUCAUUUAAAACAGCCUUUCAAAGGCAAAUCGUUUGCAUUGUUAAAUGAAGGUAAGUUAAAUAUUUCAGUUUACGUUCGUAUAUUGAAAGAUCCUACAGGUGUAUUAUGGCAUAAUUUUUUAAACUAUAAUUCUAAAAAAGUUACGGGAUACGUAGGUUUCAAGAAUCAAGGUGCUACAUGCUAUCUAAAUUCUCUUCUACAGUCAUAUUUUUUCACAAAAUAUUUUAGAAGGCUUGUCUAUCAAAUUCCUACCGAAAAUGAUAGUCCCAAUAAUAGUGUCCCCCUGGCUCUCCAGCGUGCUUUUUAUCAACUACAAGUGUCUGACGAACCCCUGGAUACCUUAGAAUUGACUAGAUCAUUCGGUUGGGAUAGUGGUGACGCAUUCACUCAGCAUGAUGUUCAGGAACUGAAUCGUAUCUUAAUGGAUAGAUUGGAAAAUAAAAUGAAAGGAACUCCAGUAGAGGAUAAGUUAAAUGAAAUUUUUGUCGGUAGAAUGAAAAGUUACAUUAAAUGUAUUAAUGUCGAUUACGAAUCAUCAAGAGUGGAAGAAUUUUGGGAUCUUCAGAUGAACGUUAAGAAUUUGAAGGACUUGAAAUCAUCCUUUGAAAAUUAUAUUGAAAUCGAAUUGAUGAACGGCGAAAAUCAAUACGCAGCACAAGAUUAUGGUCUUCAAGAUGCUGAAAAGGGUGUCAUAUUCGAAUCAUUCCCUCCAGUGUUACACCUUCAACUAAAAAGAUUCGAGUAUGAUUUUAACUAUGAUCAAUUAAUAAAAGUCAAUGAUAGAUAUGAAUUUCCUGACUCUAUUGAUGUUUCUUCAUAUAUAGAUAAAAUGGGUACCGAAGACACAGAAAUGCCUCCCUGUAUCUACAAAUUACACGGAGUUCUGGUGCAUGCCGGUGAUAUUUCAACGGGUCAUUACUACGCAAUGAUUAAACCAAGUACCGAAGAUCAAUGGUAUAGAUUUGAUGAUGAGAAAGUUUGGAAAGUAACGAAGACUCAAGUCUUUGACGAAAAUUUUGGUCUAGACAGAAUACCAGAUGAUGAAGUACGUUUAAUGUCAAGAGAACAAUAUCAGAAUUAUCUACUGGCACGUCACACAAGCGCUUAUAUGCUUGUAUACAUUCGUGAAGAUCAAGAGGCUGAUCUGCUACAACCAGUCACUGAAAAUGAUGUCCCAAAGCAUGUUAUCGAAAGAGUUCAAAAGGAAAAAACCGAAAAGGAACUUCGUGAAAAGGAAAUAAGAGAAGCGCAUCUCUAUCUUAAAGUUUUCAUUCAUACAAUAAAAAAUUUCCUCAAUUUUGAAGGCUUUGAUUUGACCCCAAAUGAUGCUUUCAAGCACACUUAUCAGGAUUUAAAUGAUGGUAAGGAAAAACCAUUGAUGCUAAAAGUGGCAAGGACAAUGAUGGUCAGUGAUUUGUAUCGACAAAUAAAAAAGGAACUUAAUCUAUCCGUCGAAAGAGAUAUCAGGUACUGGAGAAUGAGUUUUAGACAGAACAACACAUUGAGAUUGAAGGAUCCUAUCGUACCAUCGAAGGAAAGUCUCACCUUGGAAGAAACGUUGAAAAAACAAAACGAAGAAAGUAUUUCUUCCAUAGAUCUCUUCGUGGAAGAACCAUAUUUGGAUCUGAACUUCUUGAAUGGAUUGAAGGAAAAAGGGAAGCUCACUCUUACUGAAAAUGCUAUAACAGAAUCUUUAGUUGAUGAUUUGAGAAAUAAUCUUUAUCAAUAUAUCGAAGAGAAAGAUACACCAAGAGUAUUUAACCAAGAGACACACAAUCUUAUCUUUUUGAAAAAAUUUGACAUCAAAAAACAGAAAUUGACUGGUCUUGCAUAUUGUGCUGUUGACCAAUUAGAACAGGUCUCAACCUUAUUGACUACUGUUGCCAACUUUAUUGGUGUAGAUACCGAGAGUUUGUCAUUUAGCGAGGAAAUUAACCCUGGAAAUGUGGUUAAAGUCCCGAAGGAACAACAAAUUUGUACCUGUGAAUUGACGUCUGGUGAUAUAUUGUCAUUUCAAUUACCUUCAGGGUCUACUGAAAUUUCUUCUGAAAUUUUUCCUUUUUAUGACAGCAUUGAGGCUUAUUAUCACUAUUUAGAGCAUAGAGUAAAACUGAGAUUUUCAAAUGCUGAACUAAGUGCUAACCUUGGGAUGAAUAUUGCGAAUGAAUCCGAUGAAGGAAAGAACCUCGGUGCUGAACAUUUUGAGCUCUGGGUCUCAGCAUAUAUUUCAUACAAAGAUCUAUCCAUUUUAGUUGCAAAACAUGUGAAUAUUAAGCCAGAGCUUUUGAAACUUUUUGCAAUUUAUACCAAUGGCCGUUAUGUCAUGAAGUCAAAAUCGGUUCUCAAUGAUUAUUUACUAAAGGAUUACAACUGUGACAUGAUCCCACCAUUUGAAUAUGAAGUGCUCUCAAUGCCUUUGGAAGAAUUUGAACACUUGAGAUCUGUGAAAUUUUAUUGGCUGAAAAACAGUUACAUUCAUUACCAGUGUUUCGAGUUUGAAGUUCCUGCUACUUUUACAAUGGGUCAAUUUUUGAACAAAAUUCAAGAUAAAGUUGGAUUUACAGAUGAAGAAGAGUCAAAAAUUUUGUUAUGGACAAACCACAAUUUCCAAUUCCAAGGUAUAUUAACUCCAGAAACAUCAUUUAAGCAAAUAUCGAAGUCAUACUUGAUAUUUGGCAGAGUUCUUGGUGAAGAAUCGGAAUUGUUUAAAAAGUUUGAUGAAGAAAUCUCGUCAGAAGAAAAUAGUGAGGCUGAUGAUGAUAUAUCAAUGUCUCCAUCUCCUGCUCCUGACACCUACAAAGCAGAUGCUUCUGAUUCAUUUGAAGAUGAUGAAACGAAGAAAAUUGGCGAUAGUAAAAAAGCAGAAGAGGAGGGUCGUCUUGUGAUUGUUCAACAAUAUUUCAAGGAAAUUGAAAAUAGGCAUGGGAUAUCAUUUUUAUUUAACCUAAUACCUGAUGAGCCAUUCACCAAGACAAGAGAAAGAUUGCAUGCCAAAUUUGGCCUAGGUCAAAAAGAAUUUUCCAAGAUUAAGCUUGGGAUAUUAUUCACUAUGGGACAGAACAGAACGUUCAAGUCAUUAAGCCAUUACAGUGAUAACGAACUAGAGAAAGUUAUUUUAUACAAGAUUAUGUCGAACUUGGAUUACAUUUUUAUGGACCAUCCUGAUAGAUUAAGGUCCCACAAUACCCAUGAUAGACCAAUGGUCAUUAAAAAUUGA